AUGCGUUUCUAUUUAAAAUCUAUUCAUUAUUUGUUAUUGAAAUUUUUACUAAAUGGAUUGUUCUUAUUCAUCGAUAAAAAUGAUUGUCAACAAUUUGAAUCAUUAUCAAUAAAUAAUAAUUCCCAAUCUCGUGUAUUAUUUACAGCUAUUUGUCAAUCUACGCCUACACAAUAUUUCGUAUCAAACGAACGAUCCAUAUUCUAUUUUCACUUUUCAACAGUAACACAAAAGUCGGAUGAUAAUAAUAAUUUCGGAAAAAACACAAAUAAAUCAUAUUUAACUUAUUGUACUCAAGAGAAAGACUUUUCUCAAGUAUUUCCAUCAUUUUCGUUGUCAUCUUCUCAUGGACAAAUUCUAUUCAGUUAUCCAAAUGUUCAAUUAUUUCAAUCGUUAAUAAAACCAACAAUAAACAAUGAUAGAACAAUAGAAUUGACUACUUUUAAUAUGACAUUGAACGAUAAAAAUGAAUUAUCCUCGGCAACAUCCUUAACUAAAAUAGUUGCCACCACUAUUGCUACAUCAUUUUUUACAAAUCAAACAGUUUUAAACUCAAUUCAACGUGCAAAUAUUGGUCUUAUUAUUGGAAUAGUUAGUGUUUGUGUUCUUUUACUAUGUCUAUUUAUUUAUGCUAUAUGUAAAUAUCGUAAUCGAGAUGAAGGUUCAUAUAAAAUAGAUGAAAGUAAAAACUUUGGAACAUAUUUAGUGGUAAAUGGAGAAAAUGAUGAAAACAAAUCAAAUGGACAUAAACAUAAACAGACAUCAAAUGAUAAAACGAAAACUGUUGAAACACGAGAAUGGUAUGUUUAA